UUUAAUCUCAUCCGUCCAAUGUCUGAUACCCAGCGGAGGAGUCUUUUAAAUCCCUAGAACGACUUACCUAAAAACGAAAAAAAAAAAUUCCCUAGAACGAGAAACUCCACGCUAAUAAUCAGACACUCAAGGAUUCAGCUUCCGAACAAUCAACUAUGUCUUCUUCAUAUCUCCUAGCAACUACUGAUUCUAUUGCUCAGGCUUUAGAAGCCAAGACCCCAGCUGAGGCCAUCUCUAUUCUUUACCGUGUGCUUGAAAACCCAUCAUCUUCUGCUGAAGCCUUACGGAUAAAGGAACAGGCAAUCACAAAUCUUUCAGAUCUUCUAAGGCAAGAGAAUCGGGCAGAGGAUCUCCGAAACCUUUUGACCCAAUUGAGGCCCUUUUUCAACUUAAUUCCCAAGGCAAAGACUGCAAAAAUUGUUCGUGGGAUAAUUGAUGCAGUAGCUAAAAUACCAGGCACGUCUGAUCUCCAGAUUUCCCUCUGCCAAGAAAUGGUGCAGUGGACCCGUGCUGAAAAGCGAACUUUCCUACGUCAAAGAGUGGAGGCAAGGCUUGCAGCUCUUUUGAUGGAAAACAAAGAGUACUCAGAAGCUUUAAAUCUCCUUUCUAGCUUAAUAAAGGAAGUGAGAAGGCUAGAUGACAAGCUUCUGCUUGUGGACAUAGACUUGUUGGAGAGCAAGCUCCAUUUCUCUUUAAAGAAUCUCCCCAAAGCCAAGGCUUCUCUGACAGCUGCUAGAACUGCUGCCAAUGCCAUAUAUGUGCCCCCAGCUCAACAGGGUACUAUAGAUUUGCAGAGUGGGAUCCUUCAUGCAGAAGAAAAGGACUACAAAACUGCUUAUAGCUAUUUCUUUGAAGCUUUUGAAGCUUUCAAUGCUCUUGAAGAUCCGAGGGCAGUAUUUAGCCUCAAGUAUAUGCUGUUAUGCAAAAUCAUGGUGAGCCAGGCUGAUGACGUGUCGGGAAUAAUAUCAUCCAAAGCUGGGCUGCAAUAUGUGGGGCCUGAGCUGGAUGCAAUGAAGGCUGUGGCUGAUGCCCAUUCGAAACGCUCUUUGAAGCUUUUUGAGACUGCCCUCAGGGAUUUCAAGGCUCAGCUAGAGGAAGAUCCUAUUGUCCACAGGCACCUCUCUUCUCUGUAUGACACGUUAUUGGAGCAGAAUCUCUGCAGGUUGAUUGAACCUUUCUCCAGGGUUGAGAUUACUCAUAUUGCUGAGCUGAUUGAGCUACCGGUUGAUCAUGUCGAGAAGAAAUUGUCUCAGAUGAUUUUGGAUAAGAAGUUUGCGGGUACUCUGGAUCAGGGUGCUGGAUGCCUCGUCAUUUUUGACGAUCCCAAGAUAGAUGCAAUUUAUCUGGCUACACUGGAAACCAUUUCAAAUGUUGGCAAGGUCGUGGAUAGCCUCUAUGUUAGGUCUGCCAAGAUAAUGGCAUGAAGUUCUAGAGCUAUUACCUGUGUCUUUCUAGUUUCUAUUUCAAAGCAAUUACUGUGUUUUCUCACCUGAGAUGCUUCCCAGAAUGAUUAAUGUGUUGUUGUUUAGCCUAAA